UGUGCAUCUUCGGUCUGUGGUGGCAGUGGUACUCUCUGGGAGCGCUGAGGGAUGCUGGUUGGAGAGGAGACCACCUCUCCAGAACUCACUGACUGAAGAGGACCAGACACACUGCCAGGUGCAGACUAUGGACCAGAACCUUAGUGCCGCCAACCAGUCCUGGGCCCUGCAGGAGCCCCCACGAGGCCGGGCGGACAUCACCUACGUGGAUCUGUACCUCCACAAGCCGUCGGUGGCGGCCGUCUUCAUCGCCUCUUACCUGCUGAUCUUCCUGAUGUGCAUGCUGGGUAAUGGCGUGGUGUGCUUCAUCGUGCUCCGCAGCAGGAACAUGCGCACCGUCACCAACAUCUUCAUCCUCAACUUGGCCAUCAGCGACCUGCUGGUCGGCAUCUUCUGCAUGCCCACCACACUGGUGGACAACAUAAUCACAGGAUGGCCUUUUGACAACAUGGUGUGCAAGCUAAGCGGGAUGGUCCAAGGAAUCUCAGUGUCAGCAUCCGUCUUCACGCUGGUGGCCAUCGCUGUCGAUAGGUUCCGCUGCAUCGUCUACCCGUUCAAGCAGAAGCUCACCAUCGCCACAUCCAAGCUCAUCAUCAUGGUGAUCUGGGUCUCGGCCGUGUCUGUCAUGUGCCCCUCCGGCAUCAUGCUCCAGGUCACCAAGGAGCCCACCGUGCGCAUCGUGCUGCGGCGCGACAACGACACCCGCCCCUUCAACUGGUGCCGGGAAAACUGGCCCAGUCAGGCCAUGCGGAAGCUCUACACCACCGUGCUCUUUGUCACCAUCUACCUGGCCCCGCUCAGCCUCAUCGUCAUCAUGUACGCCCGCAUCGGCCUGGCGCUCUUCAAAAGCACCAUCCCCGCCCUGAGGGGCAGCGGGAUCGGGCCCGUCAAGAGCGGCAGUGGCGGCAGCAGCGGCAAAGCCAAUAUGGAGGCUCGGCACACCAUCCCCAAGAAGAAGAAGCGUGUGAUCAUGAUGCUGCUGGUGGUGGCGCUGCUCUUUGUGUUAUCAUGGCUGCCUCUGUGGACCCUGAUGAUGCUGAGCGACUACGCCAACCUGAGUGAGUGCCAGCACCGCGUGGUCAACAUCUACCUGUACCCUCUGGCGCACUGGCUGGCCUUCUUCAACAGCAGCAUCAACCCCAUCAUCUACGGCUUCUUCAACGAGAACUUCCGCAGGGGCUUCCAGGCCGCCUUUAAAUUCCAGCUGUGCUCCGUCGUCACCAAACACCAGAGGAGCUUUUUGCACCGUGCCUGGGGGAACGCCAUCCUCCCGAUCCAGCCGACCACCCUGGGGAGAGCGGGCUCGGGACAGGUGGCGAGGAGCGGGAGAUGCUUGAGUCAGGAAGCCACAAAAGGCGACACCAGAGAUCAGGACCUGAUCAUGGAGGAUCUGGAGAAGAUUUCUCAGAUUUAGACCAAGACCUAAACCAUUACUCUGUUAGAUUAGAAACACGUCAACCUCUGAUCAUCUACCACAAGGAGACAAUUUAUGAUCAUAACUGACUUCAUUUGAAUGUUUGACAACAAAAACAUAUGAAUACCAGUUUUGGAAUGGAUGACACAGGCCACCAUUAUGUUUCCAGUAUGGCCUCCCUAAGGCCCCAAACCAACUGUAUAGAACCUUGUGGACUAUUCCUCGAAGUUGGACUGAAGAAGAAUUCUCCCAAGAAGAGUGAAUUUUGCCAGGAGCUUGUUGAUGGCUCCAGAAAUCAUCUCGUGGAGGUAAAAAAUACAUUUAAAAGACAUUUAAGUAUUACUGGUUUAUUGAGUUAACGGAGUGGUGCAUCAGUCCAUAGUGGAGAAGAGGGAGUUGAAUGGAAAGGCAAAGCUCUCUAUUUACCUAUAGAACUACAUACAUUAGCAUAACCAUUAACAUGGAGGGUACAAGUGGCACAAAUGAGUUUCCUCCAUUGGGUGGCUGGGCUCCCCCGAUAGAGAUAAGGUGAGAAGCACUGUCGUCCGGGAGAAACUCAAAGUAAAGGCGCUGCUCCUCCGCAUUUGAGGAGGAGGAUUUUAGGAUGCCUCCCCAGGGAGCCGGUAGGAGGCCUCGGGGAAAACCCAGGAGAGACGUUGGAGAGACUAUGUCUCUCAGGGUGUCCCUGCUUAGGAUACAUCCCUCAUGACACGAAAUCGGAUAAGCGCCGAUAACAUGCCAGUUUUUGCACAUGAUUAGGAUUGUGUCAAAAAAUAAAUCAAAAAUUUUGCCCCGGUUUUUGCGCAAUAUUCAACAUUAUGGUAAUCAUAGGGACUAUUACCCUGGGCUUUGAUACAAGCCAGGGUGGGCGUGGCUUUGGGGUGUCUCCGGUUUCCUCCCACAUUCCAAAAACAUGCUAGGUUAAUUAGCGACUCCAAAUUGUCCAUAGGUAUGAAUGUGAGUGUGAAUGGUUGUUUGUCUAUAUGUGCCCUGUGAUUGGCUGGCCACCAGUCCAGGGUGUACCCCGCCUCUCGCCCGAAGACAGCUGGGAUAGGCUCCAGCACCCCCCGCAACCCUUGUGAGGAAAAAGCCGUAGAAAAUUGUACAGAACGGCUGGAGCUUGCAUGACGGAGAGAUAAAUAAAUGAGAUAAACGUGAUAAAUGAUAUUUUAUGGGUGUUUUUACUGUUUGUUUUUGUCUUUGUUGUUCAGCGUUCAUAGUUCAUAUUGUAAAUCUUUUUAUUCAUGUACA